AUGACCGUCUCCAGCAUUGUCGACCGGUGCAUUGGCCUCUUUGAGGACGACCCGCUACAGGGCCUGGGCCUCUCACACCAGACUGCCGGGCCAGGUUCCACCGCUCGAGCUGUAGACUUGCUGGAGAUACGGAAAACUCCGGGGCUCCUCCUAACAGAUGACCAGAUCCGGGCAGCAGUACGCGUCAAAAGACGCUGCUCCGUGGCAGGAUGUAGCAGAAUCACAAUGCCAUUGGCGACUGUGUGCAAGUAUCACCUGGCGGGAUCUGGUGCCGCAGUGUUUGGCUCCUGCGGCUAUCCUGGGUGCACGGCGCCAGUGGCUAACAUGAAGAUUCUCAGCAUGGAUCAGGACGCCCUGUGCCCCAUCCAUGCUGGCGCACCCUUGCUACAGAACAGCGACGAGCGUCAACAGAAUGCGAACAGAUUCUUCCAGAAGCAGCCUGGCUCAAGCAGUUGCCAGCUCGAUACCCUCAUCAUGGGCACCUGUGACGAGCUGGUGAGGCACUAUGCGAGAGACCGGGACCUGUUUUCUGUCUUUGGCCACCCAUCCGAAGCUCCAGAAGUAAGUAUCUGCUGCAACGAAAUGGCAACCCGAGUGGUUCCGAUCAAUGGAGAGCAUGCUACUGCGUGCGUGGAGAGCAUGGUUAACCAGAUCCAGCACCUCUGCGCAGGGCUCCAGUUGGAAGAGUAG